AUGGCUCGAGACAGUCAAUCCAACGGCGUAAAUGGAGCGAAUGGAACCAAUGGUCGAAUUCAUUCGCCCGGAGGCACACCGAAGCCCAGUCACGAGGAAAAAGAAGGCAUCGAUGGAGCAAAUGGAGAAAAGCCGGAGCUCAAAGAGUGGGAGUGCUACGACAAACUUGGCUAUAGCUUCCCCACUUGGAAGAAGUGGUGGAUCAUCACUGUAAUCUUCUCUGUCCAAGUAUCGAUGAAUUGGAAUGCCAGUUUCUACGCCAGCAGCAUCACUCUGUACGCAAAGCACUUUUCAAUUUCAGAGCAGGCUGCCCGUGUGGGCCAGAUGAGUUUCCUCAUUGCCUAUGCAUUUGGCUGCGAGCUCUGGGCUCCAUUCAGCGAGGAGUUUGGCCGAUGGCCCAUCCUACAACUCAGUCUGUUACUGGUCAACAUUUGGCAAAUUCCCUGCGCCCUCGCCCCGAACUAUGGCACAAUCGUCGUCUGCCGUAUCCUGGGUGGUCUUUCCUCUGCUGGCGGCUCGGUCACACUCGGAAUGGUUGCCGAUAUGUGGGAACCGGAAAGCCAACAGUGGGCUGUCGCAUACAUCGUGUUGUCCUCGGUAGCGGGCUCAGUCAUAGCCCCAAUAGUUGGAGGGUUUGUUGCGACAUUCCUCGACUGGCACUGGAACUUUUGGAUCCAGCUUAUCCUUGGAGGAUUUGUGCAACUGUUACAUUUGCCAGUGCCGGAAACUCGAUGCGCCAUUCUCAUCACGAGGGAGGCUCGCCGGAGACGCAAGAAUGGCGACAUAGUUUGGAGUGGCGAUGAGCUCAAAGGCUCACGCAUGUCCUUCAAAUAUCUGCUCAUGAUAUGGAUACGUCCGUUCAUCAUGUUCCUUCGGGAACCCAUUGUAUUGUGUCUGUCGCUCCUGAGUGGAUUCAGCGACGCUCUGAUUUUCACCUUCCUUCAGUCAUAUACCCUGGUAUAUAAGCAAUGGGGAUUCAGCACCAUUGAUACCGGGCUUGCCUUCAUCCCAAUUCUCGUGGGUUAUCUCAUUGCAUACGCGUCGUUCCUGCCUUGGAUCCAUCGACAUUGCAAGGUUAGGGAGCGGGAUCCCGACGCCUUACUGCCGGAAAUUCGUCUUUACUGGCUCCUAUGGGUGGCACCGCUUCUUUCGAUCGGACUGUUUGGUUUCGCCUGGACCAGCUUGGGUCCACCACAUGUGCAUUGGAUCGCUCCAAUGAUAUUUUCCUCCUUGAUUGCCAUAGCUAAUUUCUCAAUCUACAUGGCUACGAUCGACUACAUGAUCGCUGCAUACGGGCCAUACGCGGCCUCGGCAACAGGUGGAAAUGGCUUCGCACGCGACUUCCUUGCCGGCAUUGCUGCAAUGUACUCUACCCCUAUGUAUAAACAUAUGGGAACGAAACAUAAGCUGGAGUGGCCUUCGACUUUUCUUGGAUUCAUGGCCAUAUUGUUCACCAUUCCAAUUUACGUCUUUUAUUGGUAUGGUCCGAAAAUUCGGGAGAGGUCUCCGUUUGCCCAAGUCUUGGCUUCGGACAGGAAGAAUGCCGGACGGAGAGUAUCGCAAUGUGGUUCUGGUGACCCGGAACCUGUGCAACGCUACCUGUCUGGCGAUGAUGCAUAA